AUGUCAGAAGAAAGUGGCCAACAAGUACCACCUGCUAUGGAUUUAUUCAGAAUUACGUUCCACUCUCAUAAGAAGCUUUAUGACCUAUUUUGGAAAGUAGUAGAGCCACUGUCUCAAAUUCAAAGAGUUCAAAAUACUAUUGUAUUGAAAAAUGGUAUAGUUAUUCCUUUCCAAUUGGCUCCUGUUUCAAGUACAAUCCCUUCUUUAUUUGCAAAAAAACAACAACAUAUUCUACUCUGUCCCUUAUCAGAUUCUAAUUUAGAAGAUAAAAUUAGAACACAAUUAGAAUUAUUUAGACAAGCUCAAAUAGAACAACCAUUAUUAGUUAUUAUUAUCAGUGACUCUGAAAAGAAAAAAUAUUCUGAAAUAAAAGACUUUAUUGAAAAUGAAAUUGAAGGUUUUGAAUUAAAACAAACGAAAGUUAGUUCUCAAAGUGCAUUUCAAAUUAAAUUAACAGAAAAAAAAUAUGGUCAGAGUGGUUCUUUAUCUUCUCCUUCUUUAAUUAAACAAAAAUUCGAAUGUGACAUUUGUAAAAUUCCUAUCCUUCGAGAAAUCACUAAAUCUGAUGUAGAAAAAAUAUGUGGAUUUAUUGCUAAAAGCAAAAUUAAAAGAGAGAUGGAAUGGAAAAGAGUUUCUGUAGAAUUGAAGAAUAGUGUUAUGACUUGUUUAACAUUUAUUAGUGAUAUAUUUUAUAUCACUGAGCAAGAACUAUUUUCUUUAUUAUGUAUAAACAAUAAACCACAAUCAUUUAAAUCAAAGGUUUUAAAGUUAUUACAUGAAUAUGGAAUUUUAUACUCAUUCAGGAAAUCCCCAUUCAGAAGUUUGAACUAUCCGAAGUUAGAAUUUCUCAAUAAAAUAUUAGUCAAACCAUGGAUUUAUCGUGACGUUUAUGACAGAGCUAGAAAUUCAUGUUUCAGAGGAAGUUUUGCUGAUGUUUCUUCAGUUUUUCAAGAUUAUGGUAAAGAAUAUGAACAAGUGGCAUUUUUGAUUUUUUAUCAUUUUGCUGUCAUAAAUGAUAUUUUUAUUCUAGAUGAUGAAACUGUUAAAAAGAAUAGAAGUGAAGCAUUGGUUGAAAAGUAUAUAAGAUCAACUAAAAUAAUAUUCAAUGAAGAAGAAGAAACUAGAUUUGAAUCAACUGAAGCUAAAAUAUUUCAAGAAAAAAGACAAUUAUCAUAUGCCUUUAAACAAGCUAAUCACAAUAACACAAUUCUUAACCAAAAUAGUUUCUUACAAAUAACAGAAGAACAGACUCAUUAUGAACUAUCAAAUAUUGAACUUCCAAAACAUUUCCUUUGCUUUAGAUUUAUUAAAACACCUGAUUUAAUAGAACUUCAUUGGAGUAAAAAACAUUAUGAUAAUGAACUUGAAAUUGCUAGAAAAUUUGAAACACCAUUUCCAAAAAAAAGUGGUGGUGCUGUUGUAGCUAGUUUAUUAUUAAAUGGAGAUAAGAUUAUCGCAAAAUCAGAAGAUUUUGUUAUUCUUGAAAUUAAUGAAUGGAACCAAAAGGGAUAUUGUCUUGUAGAAAAAACAGAGAAAACAAUUUCAUUUCAUCUAAGAACUAUGGUAACAAGUUAUUCUGUUUAUAUGUCAGUUAUCAAAUGUAUAAAUAGACUAUAUCAUCUUUUGCAAAAUACAGCCCCACCUCAGAAAAGAUUUUGUUUCUGCCCAAAAUGUCUUCAUAAAGGAAUAUUUACACCAAUGCAAUUUAGUUUAGAUUCAGUAAGACACGAAGAAAUUAAUUUUAAAUGUAAACAUAUUAUAACUAUGAUUGAAUGUUUCCCUGAUUUUGUAUAUGAGAUAUAUAUGAGAGAAAUGAAACCAAUUCAAGUUGGAAACAAAUUAAAAAUUAAUGAAGGUGGUUAUUCUGAAAUAUAUAAAACAAUAAGAAAUGAUACUCAACAAGAAAUUAUUGCUAAAGUGUUAUUCAAGGGAGAUUCCAAAGAAUUAUUUAUGUUAAAUUAUACUCAAUUUGUAAAUGAAAUUAAAGUCUCUGAAAGAUGUAAAUGUCAAUGGAUACUAGAGUUAGUUUCAUUUUCAAUUGAAGAUAUGACACUUUAUUAUGAAUUUUGUGAAGGAGGGAAUCUCUAUAAAUUUAUUGAUGAACAAUCAACCCCAUUUUCUGAAGAGAUUCAAUUGUCUCUAAUUCUUGACCUUGCUCAUGGAAUAGAAGUUUUACAUAAAAAUGGAUUUAUUCACAGAGACAUUAAAUCACCUAAUGUGUUAAUCAAAAAAAACCCAUUAAGAUGUGUAUUAUGUGAUUUUGGGUUAUGUUCAGAAUAUGAUUCUCAUUAUGUUUCUCAAGUAGAUAAUCCUAUAUGGUGUGCACCAGAAAUUAUUCAAAAUGAACCACCAACAAGAUCCUCAGAUAUUUAUUCAUUUUCUAUUGUUAUUUGGGAAAUAUUAACAUUCAAACAUCCUUUUGAAUCAUUUACUUUUAUGACUUCAUUAAUAGGAGAAAUUUUAAAUGGGACAAGACCUGAUGUUGAUUUGGUUAAAAAUGAAAAACUCAAACAAUUAUGUGAAGAAGGAUGGGAUGAAGACCCAUUUAGAAGGCCUGCAAUAAGUGAUAUUAUUGAAACUCUGAGUAAUGUUCAUUAA